AUGCAUCGUGCAAAGUUAGUGCUUCAAGCUACGGGUAAAAUCGGCAACAGUGAAAGAUUUGCAUCAUGGCUCCUCAACAAACCCCAGACGGCCGCUGUGAUGGUAAACAACCAAAGGCUGAAGAGUUCAACGGCAGCCGAGCCUUUCUUGAAUGGCUCAAGUUCAGCGUAUGUGGAGACUAUGUACAAUGCCUGGCUGUCAGACCCUAACUCGGUGCAUGCGUCUUGGGACGCGUUCUUCCGUAAUGCUACAAAUGGCGCCCAGCCCGGGGUCGCAUAUACGUCUCCACCGAAUCUAGCCCCAUACUCAAAGAACGAGGUACCCUUGACCUCCCUUGUACCAGCGGCUGGCAUGCCAUCGAUAUCAGCAGGUUCACCCAUCAACGAGAAAAUCAUUGACGACCAUCUGGCUGUGCAGGCUAUCAUUAGGAGCUACCAGGCUCGAGGUCACCUGGCGGCGGACGUGGACCCGCUCGGCAUCACCACGGCCAACCUGCCCGCCCUCGGCAUGCGCGCGCCACGCUCCGAGCUCAUCAUGAGGAAAUAUUUCAAUUUCGGUACGAUUGGAAACAAUCGCCAUGACGGAAGAUCCUCCCGCGGUCACCUGGUGGCUCGUCUCGAUCCUCUCGGGAUAUCAACUGGCGAUCCUGUAUCGAGCGGUGAUUGGCACGGCGGUCUGCGUGCGUUCGCCAGUGAGGCGGUUAUUAGGCAACACGUGCGAUUCGGUAUGGACUGUGCGAUAUAUGGGAGCGUACUGAUACGAGGCCACCAUAUAGCGAAACUCGACCCGCUCGGGAUACCAAAUAACAAAUUGGAGGGGAGAAAUCCCCGUGAGGUUAUACACAGCAGCUACAGACAUUCCCGCUCUCACUGUACACUUAUUCUAGAUGAAGCCGAUAUGGAUAGAGUUUUUAAACUACCCUCGACGACUUUCAUCGGCGAAAAGGAAAAGGCGUUACCAUUGAGAGAGAUCUUGAAUCGUCUGGAACAAGCGUAUUGUAAUAACAUUGGUAUUGAAUUCAUGUUCAUCAAUUCAUUGGAGCAAUGCAAUUGGAUCAGACAACGUAUGGAGCCGCCGAAUGUGACGAAGAUGAGCAACGACCAGAAGAGAUUGAUCCUCGCUCGUCUCACUAGAUCCACUGGGUUUGAGAAUUUCCUGGCUAAGAAAUGGUCGUCCGAGAAACGUUUCGGUCUCGAGGGUUGUGAGAUUUUGAUACCAGCUAUGAAACAGGUCAUUGACACUUCCACACGGCUCGGAGUAGAAUCCAUCAUCAUGGGAAUGCCCCAUAGAGGUCGUCUUAAUGUAUUGGCCAAUGUGUGUCGUAAACCACUCCAUCAACUGUUCACUCAGUUUGCUGGUUUAGAAGCUGAGGACGACGGUUCCGGAGACGUUAAGUAUCAUCUUGGUACUUACAUCGAGCGCCUGAAUCGCGUCACAAACAAGAAUAUCCGUCUGGCUGUAUGCGCUAAUCCAUCGCAUUUGGAGGCCGUCGACCCCGUGGUGCAAGGAAAGACUAGGGCUGAACAGUUCUACCGAGGAGACAACGAAGGAAAGAAGGUGAUGUCAAUUCUACUUCACGGUGACGCAGCGUUCGUGGGUCAGGGCGUGGUGUUCGAGACGAUGCAUCUGUCAGACUUACCGGCUUAUACCACACACGGCACCAUACACAUUGUGGUCAACAACCAGAUAGGAUUCACCACCGACCCGAGGCACUCGCGUUCAUCGGCUUACUGCACAGAUGUCGCCCGUGUGGUAAACGCUCCUAUCUUCCACGUGAACAGCGACAACCCUGAAGCGGUGAUGCACGUAUGUAACGUAGCGGCUGAAUGGAGAGCCACCUUCCACAAGGACGUGGUUAUAGACAUCGUCAGCUACAGACGGAACGGACACAACGAGGUCGAUGAACCCAUGUUCACACAGCCUCUCAUGUACCAGAAGAUUAGGAAAACUAAACCAGUUUUGGAGAAAUACGCCGACCAGCUGAUCGUUGAGGGCGUCGUUACCGCCGAGGAGGUUAAAGAUGUAAAGGACAAAUACGAGAAGAUCUGUGAGGACGCUUACAACCAGGCUAAACAGGAGACUCACAUCAAAUACAAGGACUGGCUCGACUCACCGUGGUCUGGCUUCUUUGAGGGCAAGGACCCACUCAAGAUGUCUCCGACCGGUGUAGUAGAAGAGACUCUAGUACAUAUUGGCAAGCGUUUCUCAUCACCACCACCCAACGCGGCUGAGUUCGAAAUACACAAGGGUCUGCUUCGUAUUCUCAAAGCGAGGAUGGAAAUGGUUGAGAAUAGAACCGUCGACUGGGCGCUGGCUGAGGCUAUGGCGUUUGGUUCACUGUUGAAGGAAGGCAUACAUGUGAGACUCUCGGGAGAAGACGUUGAGAGAGGAACAUUCUCUCACAGGCAUCACGUGCUACAUCACCAGAAGGUAGACAAAGCCACAUACUGUCCACUGGCUCAUCUUUAUCCGGACCAAGCUCCUUACACCGUUUGCAACAGUUCAUUGUCUGAAUAUGGUGUGUUGGGCUUUGAAGUGGGUUACUCAGUAACUAACCCCAACGCUCUAGUACUGUGGGAGGCUCAGUUUGGUGACUUCAACAAUGUGGCUCAAUGUAUCAUUGACCAGUUCAUAUCAAGCGGACAGGCCAAGUGGGUCAGACAGUCGGGCAUCGUACUGCUACAACCUCACGGAAUGGAGGGCAUGGGCCCAGAACAUUCUUCAGCUCGAUUGGAGCGUUUCUUGCAAAUGAGUGCCGACGACCCCGACUACAUGCCGCCCGAGAGUCCCGACUACGAAGUUCGUCAGCUUCACGACUGUAACUGGAUAGUAGCGAACUGUUCGACCCCGGCGUCGUUGUUCCACAUCCUCCGUCGCCAGAUCGCUCUGCCGUUCCGUAAACCUCUCAUUCUGAUGACGCCCAAGUCGCUGCUGAGACACCCCGAGUGUAAAUCAUCCUUCGACGAUAUGGUUGAUGGAACCACAUUCAAGAGAUUGAUCCCCGAAGAGGGUCCGGCGUCCGAGAACCCAUCAAACGUUCGCAAGCUUGCUUUCUGUUCCGGACGUGUUUACUACGACCUGCUGAAACAGAGGAGAGACCGCGGACUGGAGAAGGACAUUGCUAUAGCCAGACUGGAGCAGAUCUCUCCGUUCCCGUACGACCUGAUCAAGGCAGAGAUCGCCAAGUACCCUAACGCUCAGUUGGUGUGGAGCCAGGAGGAGCACAAGAACAUGGGCUCUUGGAGCUACAUCGAGCCGAGGUUCCGUACCUUGCUGCAUAAUCAGAAACAGAUCUGGCCAAAAUCCAACUCUCGAGGCGGUUGGUUUAGUCAACUUUUCGGCAAACCUGAGCCGGCUCAGACGGACACACAGACGGAAACAGUACCGCGUACCAUUAGUUACAACGGUCGCGCCACAGCCGCUUCACCAGCCACCGGUUCUAAGGCAGCCCACAACAAGGAACUACGGAACCUUCUAGAAGAGUUCUGCGUCCUAUAA